CCAAUCUAGGGGUUACAGUAGCGCAAGUCAGAUGGGCAGCCACGAAGCAACAGCAACGUGACUCCAAAUGACUACCACUGGCGCGGAAGAGAAGAAAUAUCAAGGAAAAUUAAGGCAGGCAGAAAAUGGGUAACAAUUCGUGAAGACUGCAACUGUGAUCGAGGUGGUAGUUGUAGAUAGCAGGUCAGUCAUCGCAUCAGUCGCGUGCCAACUCGGUGUCAAAAUAAACACGGCCUCUGAACUGGUGAGCAGGGAGGGCUACUCGUUUCUUCCGUUCCCACCUCACCAUUCAGUCCAAUCAGCUUCAGUAAUUACUAGUAGUGUCGAUCACAGUCUGAUCCGUCGCUACCAAACAGCAACGCGUGACACGCCACAGUUAACCAACCAUGGAAGCUGCAGAAAGCAAGCAGCAGCACGCAGGGGCAGGGGCCGGGCAUCAGCAGCUCCACUCUGCCAAUGGAAGACACGGAGCUUCCGAUCCAACAUGGCGGCACCACGCUAUCUGCUGAGGACCAAAAGAAGCCACUGUCGGUGACGAGCUGCCUGCUGCCAGCACGCAGCCUGAGAUCUACAGCAGCCGUUGCCCCUGCUGCUCAUGCUCAAAGCCAAGCCGAUGGCGAUCUCUGCAUCCGAUCGCUGUCCUUCUCCAAGCUCUUCAGCUUCAGAAUGGCCAGGGCGCCGUCAUCACUGUCCACCCCGGAGCACAUUGAUCAAAUUGAUCCUGAUGCCGCCGCAAGCAACUGCUCUGCUCUAACUCCAGGUAACAGCAGCACCAAGGAGGAGGACAAGCUGAAGCAGAUACGCCGCUCCCAGUCCAUGCCUACGAGCGGCAGGCGGUUCAAGAUGGCAAAAGGGUUGAGGAGAGUAGCGGACUCCAGCUCUCUCGGCCCUGCCCCAGCUGGAGUGUUCCGCCUCAGAGUGGUGCCACUUGUUCCUCAAACGGAGGGAAGCGUCACUGCUGCAGGCGGGGAGGAGGAGGCGGCGGCCGCCGCAGAAGACAUUGCGGCCGAGGAAGCGGUGUGCCGCAUCUGCAUGGUGGCGCUGUCGGAAGAGGCGGUGCUCAAGCUGGAGUGCCGCUGCAAGGGUGAACUGGCCCUGGCGCACAGGGGAUGCGCCAUCAAGUGGUUCAGCAUCAAGGGCAACGGCACCUGCGACGUCUGCAGCCAGGAGGUGCUCAACCUCCCCGUCACCCUGCUCCGCCUCCAUCACCAUCCAUCCAUUCAGGCUCAGGGUGUUCAGCAGCAAGCAGAUCCCACCACCACGGCCACCAGCAGCCGCGGCCGUCGCUACAGAGUGUGGCACGGCACACCGAUCCUCGUGAUUAUCAGCAUGCUCGCUUACUUCUGCUUCCUGGAACAGCUGCUGGUCGGCGACCAUGGGACCGCGGCUCUGGCCAUCUCCUUGCCCUUCGCCUGCGUCCUCGGCCUCUUCUCCUCUCUCACCACAACAAAGAUGGUGUCCAGGAGAUAUGUGUGGAUCUACUCUGCAGUGCAGUUCCUCUUCAUUGUGCUCUUCACCCACCUCUUCUACAGAUACGUAAGAUCCUCUCUGUGGCCACCCAAACAUCAAUCACAUCUCAUCAAACACGCUUAUCUACUGAACCAGGUGCGGAUGCAAGCUGUGAUCGCCAUCAUCCUGUCCACCUUCGCCAGCUUCAGCAUGGCCAUCUGCACCAACUCUGUCCUCCUCCAGAUUCUCAGAUGGAGGGCCAGGCAUGUGGCAUCGCCAACCACAACCACAACUGGAGAAGGAGGUCAUGGUUCCAGGGAGCCACCGGCAGCAGACCUUGAGAUUGCUUUGCCUCCUUCGUAGCUCACUUCACUACCAUCCAAUCCUCUCCAGUCCAGCACCAGCUCCCCCUCCAGCUAGCUGUGUUUGUAUAUAGCUUCAUCCUUUGUUUGCUGAGACCUUGUUGUAUGCAUGAACCGUCCUUUCUGGCUUUCUAUCAUUCUAUGGUACUAAUCCGUGACAGUGAGCACCCA